AUGAGCGGUGGCAUCUAUGGAGGAGAUGAAGUCAGUGGUGUUGUCUUCGAUGCUGGUUCUCACAGUUUUCGUGUUGGAUUUGCUGGAGAAGAAUAUCCAAAGUGGAAUGACAAGGCGAAAAGAGAACGUUUAACAGAAUUGAUGUUUGAAAAAUACAAUAUUCCUGCAUUCUUUCUAGUCAAAAAUGCAGUGUUGACAGCUUUCGCUAAUGGUCGAACAAGUGGCCUGGUGGUUGAUAGUGGUGCAACACAGACAUCUGCUGUACCCGUUUAUGAUGGCUAUGCUGUUACUCAU